CUGCUACCGUCACAAGACUGUGCGUACCACGGAUUCCCCAUCACAACCAAAAUGGCGGAGAACAUAGUCGGGUCGGCACACUAAUGAGCGCGAUGUGUAGUUCUUUAAGCAUUUAGAGACCGCUUUUCGUCUAUCUUUUGCAGAUGUAAGAUAAUGCAGUUUGCUAGAGCGCCUCUCUCCAGUACGUAGACGGACGCACAUUUCCCCAUUGUGACUGUGUUGCUGGCUGGCAUGGGCGAUGUUGGAAGACAAAGGGCCCCGUGUCGCAGACUACUUUGUGGUGGCCGGCCUGACAGACCCCUUCAAGCCGUUGGACGAGGAGCUGCGCUUCGAUGACGUCUGCCACAAGACGGCGCGGCCCAAGGCGCCCAUCACCGAUGUCACCGUGGUGAUGCGCUCGCUGGGCGAGGAGGUGCCGCCGGGCUAUGCCUGUGUGGAGGCCACGCCCACUGGACUGUCAGCUGACCUGAACAACGGCGGCCUGAUGGCACCUGAGGUCUACCUGUGCUACAAGCGUGGCCGAGACAAGCCCCCACUCACCGACCUCGGUGUUUUGUAUGAAUGGAAGGAGCGCCUGAAGCAGGGCUGCCACCUGGUCCAGACCACUCCCGGCGGUCGCCCGGCCAACCUGAGCGGCUCUUCCCAGCGCAUUUACAUCACCUAUCGCCGAGCGCCGGAGAGCCAAUCACACGCCUCGCUCGCUGUGACGGACAUCUGUGUCAUCAUACCGGGAAAGGGCGAAUCUCCACCGCACACCUUCUGCAAAGUGGAGAAGAAUCUUAACAGCAGCAUGUGGGGGUCAUCUGUCUACCUGUGCUACAAGAAAUCGGUGGCCAAAACCAACACCAUCGCCUACAAAGCAGGUUUGUUCAGUAGGUACCCAGAGGAGGACUAUGAGUCUUUCCCUCUCCCGGAGUCCGUGCCCCUCUUCUGCCUGCCCAUGGGAGCUACGUUGGAGUGCUGGCCUCCCCACACCAAGUACUCCCUCCCCGUGUUCUCCACCUUCGUCCUCACCGGCUCUUCAGGAGAGAAGGUGUAUGGUGCUGCCAUCCAGUUCUAUGAGCCCUUCUCCGAGGAGUGCCUGACGGACAGGCAGCGUCUGCAGCUGGGCCUGCCUCCCCCUGACCCCCAGGCAGGGUCACGCUCCCCGAGCUCUGACCCCAAGGCCGCUUCGCGCUCCGUUCACACCAACAAGAGCAUCUGUCUGCUCUCGCACUGGCCCUUUUUUGACGCCUUCCGGAAGUUUCUCACUUUCCUCUACCGCUACUCUAUCUCCGGGCCACAUGCCCUUCCCAUUGAGAAGCACAUCUCUCACUUUAUGCACAAAGUUCCCUUCCCCUCAUCUCAAAGACCUCGCAUUCUUGUACAGCUUUCCCCACAUGACAGUCUGAUGUUGAGCCAGCCUGUGUCCUCUCCUUUGCCACUCAGCGGGGGCCGGUUCUCUACGCUGCUUCAGAGUCUGGGCCCUGAGAAUGCUGUCACAUUGCUGGUGUAUGCCAUGACAGAGCAGAAGAUCCUGGUGCACUCACUACGACCUGCAGUGCUCACCAGUGUUACCGAGGCCCUGGUGUCUAUGAUCUUCCCCUUCCACUGGCAGUGCCCAUACGUGCCCCUGUGCCCACUGGCAUUAGCAGGGGUUUUGAGUGCCCCCUGCCCCUUCAUUGUCGGGUUGGACACACGCUACUUCGACCUCUAUGAGCCGCCUCCUGAUGUCAACUGUGUGGACCUGGACACAAACACUGUAUCUCAAAUGGAGGAUAAGCGGGCUCUUACAUGGAAGCUCCUCCCAAAGAAAGCCUGCAAAAACCUGAUGAAUGCACUCAGUAACCUCUACCAGCAGCUAAUAGAAGGUCACCAGAGGCCGCAGCACGACGGGUUGGCGGAGGCGUCCGUGUGUGGGGGGGGGAGUGAGGGUGAGCUGGGCGGAGGGCGCAGCCUGCAUGCGCUGGAGCUGGACAUCCAGGAGGCCUUCCUGCGCUUCAUGGCGGCGUUGCUGCGCGGCUACCGCUCCUUCCUCAGGCCCAUCACGCAGGCGCCCUCCGAGAAGACCACCGACGCCAGCUCGCUCUUCGACCUGCAGGGCUUCUUGCGCAGCAGGGAUCGCUCUCAUCAGAAGUUCUACUCUGUGAUGGUGAAGACACAGCUCUUCAGCCGAUUCAUUGAGGAGUGCUCCUUCGUCAGCGACAAAGAUGCCAGCCUAGCCUUCUUCGACGAUUGCGUGGACAAACUGUUUAGCUCAGAGCGGACUGUAGAAAAGGCCAAGGUUGAUGGGGAACGCAGCGAAGAGGGCAAAUUGAUCGAGUUUGAUGAGUCUCAGAGAAGUGAACAUACUGUCUUCAUCACACCACCUGAGCUACCACCCCUGCCAGAGGGAGAGGAGCAUCCACUCUGUUACAGUUAUGCUGGCUUCCCUGUGCUGACGGAUGACUUGUUUGAUCGUGUUGAUGGCCUGAGGACUCCUGCCUCUCUGCUUGCCAGUCGUAAGAGCUGCCCUACAAGUCCUGCUCCCAUGUUUAGACGCACUAAACAGGAGAUAAAGCUGGCUCAGAAGGUGGCUAAGAAGUACUCCUCUGUGCCCCAGAUGUGGUCCAAGUGCCUUCUGCGCCACUGCUAUGGCCUGUGGUUUAUCUGCCUGCCCGCCUAUGUCAAGGUCUGCCACUCCAAGGUGCGGGCACUCCGCACCGCCUACGACGUGCUGAGGAAGAUGCACACCAAGAAGCUACAGCCACCUGAUGAGGUGUGUUACAGAGUUCUGAUGCAGCUCUGUGGCCAGUAUGGCCAGCCUGUUCUGGCCGUGAGAGUUCUAUUUGAGAUGAAGAAAGCUGGUAUCCAUCCCAAUGCCAUUACCUAUGGCUACUACAACAAGGCUGUUUUAGAGAGCACUUGGCCAUCCAGCACCAGAGGUGGCUACUUCCUGUGGCUGAAGCUGAGGAAUGUGGUUCUGGGUGUUGCCCAGUUCAGACAGGCUCUGAAGAAGCAUCAGCAGCAGUCUGCACCACACACACCUCCCUCAGACGGCAGUGAUUUGGACGCUUUGAGUCAGGGCAGCAUGGACAGCUCCAACGAGACUAACCCUGCUGACCUUAUCAAAGUAGAGGGCACUGACGAUAGAUCUAGCACAGCCAGCAUGGGCAGUGUGAACGGGGACUCUUGUGCAGCUUGCUCUCUGGGUGUGUGCUCUGAUUCGGACACACCUGCUCUGCACUCAGGUGACCAGUCAGAUCUGGGCUACAACUCACUGUCUAAAGAAGAGGUGCGGAGAGGAGAGACCAUCCCUGAGAAAGAGAAGAGGGAGAGUGACUGCAGCUCCUUGUCUGAGACAGAGAGUGCCAAAGGCAGUGGAGACUGUCUUCCACAGCUGGACUUCCCAGCUCCUAAUCAGCCACGUCCAGGGAUUGUCCGUGGCAACUCUUGCUAUGAUGGUCCUGCCCUUAAUAAACAAGAAAGCUCCUCAGCCGUUGCUGGUCUCCUCUUCUCCUCCUCUUUAGAGGACAUCGGGGUCAUGCAGGGAGGCAGUCUGCAUCGUCGCCUGGGUAACAAACGGGAGAAGACCGACGGCUCUCUGGAGGAGUCUGGGGUGAGAGGUCGUCGUCAUAGCGGCGACUCGGCCACCCCCACUGGCACAGUCCUUGGCCUGAGCCUGAACCAGGGUGAGACGGACCCGCACAAGAUCGCCCGUAACCUAGGAGACGACGCCAAGAUCCUCUCGGGGAGCCUCCGCAAGAGCCGGCGAUGUGAAACGCUGGGCAUGAACAGCAAGCAGGCUCACGCACUCCUAAACGACGACGAAGUACCGAUGCACAGGCUCUCCCUCACAACAGCAGAUGAUGCAGCAGAGGAUGAAGACUCCAGUGAUGAGGAGAGGCCCGAUGAGGACAAGGUGGACCUGGCGGACAUCUUUGACCUGGAGGACUUGGACCUGGACUCAGAGGGGAUCAUGGGAUGUGGGGCAGGGCCGCGGCGCCAAUCGGUCCCGGUCCAGCUGGCCCGGCCGGCCAAGCGCAUGGGCAUCCAGAUGGGCUUCGACCCGCUGUCGCUCCUGGCGGCCGAGACCGAGUCCGAGGUGGCAGAGGUGUGCAGCGAAGGCGCCGGCGCCCGGACCCCGCCAGGGAUGCGCCGUGACCUGGCCGUGGAGAUUGAGAUGUACAUGAACCACCUGGGCAGCCCGCUGAGCAGCCGGGCGCCUAGCAGCGUGGACCUGCGCUUCCCCACCAGCCCAGCAGGGGGCGCUCACCACCAGCAGCACGAGGCGCGGCGCGGGAGCCUGCCCCACUGCUCGUCCCGGGCGCUAUCCGUGCCCCGCUCGCAAACCUACCACUCGCACCAGCAGGUGGCGCACUCGCACAGCUCGCACAACGUGCAACAGCGCUCACGCACACCCCAGGCCAACACGCCGACCCACGCCAGGGCCCGGCUGUGGUCCUCGCCCGCGUAUCCACCCGACGGGGCCCCUCAGCAGGGCGAAGAGAGGGACCGGGACCCCCACUCGGACCUGGCGUCCCCCCCCCCCCUCUCCCUCGCCCUACUCCUCCUCCUUUGGGCUGGACACUCUGCUCACGCCCUCGCUGGACGUCUUCAAGAGCAGCAUGGUGUCGGCGGGGAAGGGUGUGGCCGAGAAGGCCAGCCGCUGGUACUCACGACUGGCCACUUACACCACUCCCACCAAGGACAUGGGCUCAGAUGGGUUGAGUGUGGAGGAUGAUGACGAGUGUGGGGAGGGAGAGGAAGUGUUUUUGUCUCCUGAUGGGCCCUUCUCCCCACGGCGACCGGGCCCCCACGCUCCCCUCAGACGCAGCACCGCUGCUCAGGCCAGCGCCAACCGCCGCAGCAGCAUACACACAGGU